GGGCGGUGUGCAGUGUACAUCGGCCUUACUCAAGUUCGUGCACAUUUCCGUUUGAACAGUGAUAAAUUUGGAUUUACCUCAAAAUCCAGAUUGAUGCUGUGAACACCAAGACCUCAGAUGGUACAGCCAACACUUCAUUAACAGGAAAUACAACAUUAUAUCUUUUAGUUUUACUAGCAUCGUUUUGGUCAGAGUCAGUGCGUGUAUCAUAAAUGGAAACAAAAAUCGGAAGUUUGCGCAUUUAGUUCCUACCGUCAGCUGAAACCUAGUUGUAUUCGUGUGUUGUACUGCACGUUUUAAAGAGUAGUAACAGUCAAGCCUCUAGGCAGCGCUAUCGUGUGUUGUUAGAAUCCUGGUACCGGAACGUUAGGAAACCGACGCACAGCGCUAGUGUUCGUUCUGCUAGUGUCGAAGUGUUGAUUGGCCUACAAUCACGUGGUGCCAGCAGUGCGCAGUCGCAGUGUCGGAGUGGGGCGGGCAUGUAGCGACGCUAGCGCUACAGUGGCAAUGAUGUGAUGGAGUGGGGGGGCGGGAGGGGCAUGGCCGCUGCUGACCAUGUGGACAUGUCUCCUCUAUGUGCUUACGUCUAUCGUCCUCGUCAACAGCGGACCAAGAUACAGCUCUCGCAUUGUAGACACACAGUCCGGAGCUAUCAGAGGAAUUAUCCACGAACUAAACUCUCGCCACUUGGAGCCUGUGGAGUUAUUCCUCGGGGUACCGUACGCUGCCGCCCCAGCGCGACUGACCCCGCCCACUCCAGCGCCACCCUGGGCGGGUACCCGGCUAGCGGACUCUCUGCCGCCCGUGUGUCCCCAGCGGUACCCCGACAUCAGCAACAUGACUGCCGCUCUACAGAGGAUGCCCAAGGAUCGCUAUAUGUUGCUGAGGCGUCUUGUGCCUCUGCUGGCGAACAUGAGCGAGGACUGCCUCAACCUCAACAUUUACGUGCCUGCCAGUGGCAACAGAGGAGUGGACGCUCCGUACGCCGUCAUUGUCUACGUCCACGGGGAGAGCUACGAGUGGAACUCUGGCAAUGUUUAUGACGGCAGUGUGUUGGCCAGUCACGGACAUGUGAUAGUAGUCACCCUCAACUACAGACUGGGGUUGUUAGGGUUCCUCAAGCCUCACUCCGGGUCGCACGCGGGAGACUGUUGCGUCGCUCUACGAGACAUAGAGGCAGCUCUAAAGUGGCUCCAGCUCAACAUAGCCUCCUUCGGCGGAGAUCCCGGCAGGGUGACGGUCGUGGGUCAUGACACAGGCGCCGCGCUCGUCAACCUGUUACUGCUACAGGAGUCGAACAAAGGUCUCCUUCAUAAAGCAGUGCUGUUAUCAGGGUCCAUGCUCAGUCCCUGGGCGCUUGUCCCAAGUCCAGACUCUACAAGGUCACAAGUCACAACCUACCUAGGUUGUCCAGACAAGCACGACCUGCCUGCUUGUAUUAAGGACCUGCCACUCUCGAAGCUGCUCGCUGUGGACUUCCCCGCCCCCAGGUUCCUACCCAGGUUCGGACCCUGGUCAGUCAACUCGCCCUCCUAUACGAUGGAGCACGCGGGAGACAUGUUUAUGUCCACUCCUCUGCUGCUAGGAGUCACCACCACUGAGAGCUACCUGGACAUGAACGAACACGAUAUCCAGUACGGGUUCGAGGAGGAUCAGAGGAAUCGGAUACUUAGAACGUACGUGAGGAACGCUUACGUGUACCACCUAAACGAGAUCUUCUCUACGGUACGUAACGAAUACACAGACUGGGAUAAGCCUAUAGUACAUCCCAUCAACGUGAGGGACAGUGUGCUAGAAGCUCUUAGUGAUGGCCACACUGUAUCACAACUAUUAAAGAUGGCAACACUGCAUGCCAAGAGAGGCAAGGCUUCUACACACAUGUUCCACUUCAACUACCAGCCCAAGGACUCUGACUUCCAUGAGCGACUCGGGAGUGUCCGAGGGGAGGACUUGUCCUUUGUCCUAGGUCAGCCUCUGGUGGGAGGUCAUCCCUACUUCCCUCACAACUACAGCAGACAAGACAUGUCCGUGUCUGAAACUCUGGUCAACUUCGUCACUAACUUUGCUAAAACUAGCAAUCCCAAUGAGCCUAGACAUCAUCAUACGUCCAGUAAAGACAAAUCUCACCACAGAGGCCUUACUUGGGAACCGUAUGACCUCAACACCCAGCUCUACCUCAGUCUAGGGGUCAAGUCCCGUAUGAAGAGUCACUACCGUGGACACAAGAUGGCGAUCUGGCUGAACCUGAUACCACAGCUGCAUCAGUCGGGAGAUCAGGACGUCAGCAUGAGACAUCACCACUUCCAUGAACGGGAGAACCACUACUACGCUGGCUCGAUAAGGGCAGAGGCGAUGACCAGGAUCCCAGAGCCUGUGUCCCUGACGACCCCCGUCACUGCCCCCGUGGUGGAGUGUGAACACAACAUGACGUCCACGGAGGCGGAGCCCCAGCCGUCCAGGGAGGAGGAGCAGGAGGCGCUGAGACACUACACAGGGUUCACCGCAGCUCUAGGAGUCACUGUAGGAGUCGGGUGUCUACUGCUGCUGCUUAACUUGUUACUGUUUGCAGGUAUUUUCUAUCAGCGAGAUCGCCAAAAGAAGAGUAAACAGUCCAGGGAAGAGUUGGAAGACGUCAUCUCCCUGGAUACGUUUUCAAAGAAGAGUCCAACAAUCCCCGAUCCACCACCUCCCCCUAGACAUCCUCCUGUGCCUCCUACAAGGACGUCUAGCAACCCCUCGGGAACGGUCAAGAAGAGAGUGCAGAUACAGGAAAUAUCUGUGUGACAGUGCGGGAUUCCGUCAAAGGACCAGAAUAGAACAGAUAUUUUUAGUUACAUGACUUUUAAACAACUGCGAAAUAUUUUGUGAAAUAAAGUUCACGUAGUUGCUAAGGUUUUGGUAUCCUAUGUACAGUGUAUAUUGUGGGACUGUAUCUAACUUUGUUUUAGUAUUUCAUUUUAAUUAAGCGUAUUGUAUUGAACUGUAUGCCAAUUUUGUUAUUUGAUAUAUAGCAAUAGCAUUAAUAAUUUUUUAUACGUUCUCUCUGUGGUUAUUUUACAUGUUAAAUAAACAAUCAACUAGAUCUCCUACAAAAUAAUUUCUUAUUUUCAAGGUUUCACUCUUUUUUAUGAAUGGAACUCCGUGUAAUAUACUAAGUGUACAUACAAUGUAGAGUAUCUCUGAUAUAAACCUAUACUGUAUAUUUUUAAAUAGUAUUUAUAACUAUAAAUCGAACUGUU